GCGAGAGCGAAGCAAAGGGGCGAAAGGAGGCAGCGGAGUUGGGGAGGGGAUUGUCUCCGGAGGAGUCGGCAAAGGGGGCCCUCCUUUUGUUUGGAUCUGCCAGCUAGAGUAGACCCAUCGCCUUUUCCAUUUUUAUUUUGUGGUGUGGAAGCCGCCGGGCUGCUGGAGCCCGGCGUUUCCCGCCCCUCUUGCAUUGGCUUUAAUGCAUUAAAUCCCAUUUUUGUCGCUUUCCAAGGCGGGGUGGUUUCACGCUCGCUGCGUUUUAUUGAAAUCUCUCUCCCGCUCUCAGCGUCGGGUGCAAGAACCCGCCUGGGCGGAUGGGCUCCUUGGCAAUCGGCUUUGCAGCUGUUGGAUGAAUAGUUGGCGGCGGCGGCGGAUCUCCUGGUGCGCCCGACGCAUUGCAAAGCGGCUCGCCAUUGAGCUCCCCCCGCUGGCUCCGACUUGUUGGGCAUGACUGAGCCAUCAUGGAGAGCGACGGGCUGCCUGGCUCGCCUUGUGCGGGGGGGAUAGAGACGUCUUGAUUUCCUAAUUUCUCCCUUCCCCAGUCGGGAGUUUCCUCGGAGUAGCGUUGCUAGGAGGCUGUGUGCAAGCAAUAGCGCCCGGGCACCUCGGGGGUGAGAGCAGCUAGCUAGGGCUUGGAAGGGGGCUGAGCCGUGGGGCGCCGCUGGUUUGCAGAGCGGGUCAUUUUAUCUUCCAAAGCCUCCCCGCUUCCCUCCCCGUCGGAUUUUUCUUGCGUCUCGGCGUAGUGAGGUUGGUCCUCGGCGGCCGUCUUGAUCGAGGGGGGAAAAUGGAGGCGGUGAUCGAGAAGGAGUGUAGCGCUCUCGGAGGACUCUUCCAGACCACCAUCGGGGACAUGAAGGGCAGUUAUCCAAUUUGGGAAGACUUCAUAAACAAAGCAGGAAAACUACAGUCUCAGCUUAGGACGACAGUAGUCGCAGCAGCUGCCUUCUUGGAUGCGUUUCAGAAAGUGGCUGACAUGGCGACCAACACACGUGGUGCUACCCGAGAAAUCGGCUCGGCUCUGACCAGAAUGUGCAUGCGGCACCGGAGCAUCGAGUCCAAACUCAGACAGUUUUCAAGUGCUUUAAUCGACUGUCUGAUAAACCCGCUUCAAGAGCAGAUGGAAGAGUGGAAGAAAGCAGCUAAUCAACUGGAUAAAGACCAUGCAAAAGAGUACAAAAAAGCCCGCCAGGAGAUAAAAAAGAAAUCCUCAGACACCCUGAAACUGCAAAAGAAAGCAAAGAAAGGGCGAGGAGAUAUCCAGCCUCAACUGGACAGCGCAUUACAAGAUGUGAAUGACAAGUACCUGCUUCUUGAAGAAACGGAGAAACAGGCUGUUAGGAAAGCCCUGAUUGAAGAACGUGGCAGGUUCUGUGCAUUCAUUUCUAUGCUGAGGCCUGUGAUUGAAGAAGAAAUAUCAAUGCUGGGAGAAAUAACCCAUCUACAGACCAUAUCAGAAGAUCUGAAAAGCCUUACUAUGGAUCCUCACAAACUGCCACCAUCAAGCGAACAGGUAAUUCUAGAUUUGAAAGGCUCUGAUUAUGGUUGGUCUUAUCAGACUCCUCCUUCCUCUCCCAGUACCACCAUGUCAAGGAAAUCCAGCGUCUGCAGCAGUCUGAACAGUGUUAACAGUAGUGACUCCCGGUCAAGCGGCUCGCAUUCUCACUCACCCAGUUCACACUAUCGCUACCGCAGCUCCAACCUGCCUCAGCAGGCACCGAUGAGGCUUUCCAGCGUGUCCUCGCAUGACUCCGGAUUCAUGUCCCAGGAUGCUUUUCAGUCCAAGUCACCAUCCCCAAUGCCGCCAGAAGCACCCAACCAGAAUUCGUCCAGCUCUGCCUCCUCAGAAGCCUCAGAAACCUGCCAGUCAGUGAGCGAGUGUAGUUCCCCCACCUCAGUCAGUUCAGGCUCCACCAUGGGGGCUUGGGCCUCUACGGAAAAGUUGUCUAAUGGGUAUUAUCACUGUAGUUUGUCAAGUGGUCCAUCCUUAGCCUCAGUUGGUGCAGGCCCUGUCCCUCAUUUCCCGUCUGUCUCCCACGCAUGGACCCGGGCUUCCUCCUCCACCCUCCUUCCAGACCACGGUCAUUAUUACACCAUUGGGCCAGGCAUGUUUCCAUCAUCUAAGAUCCCUAGCUGGAAGGAUUGGGCUAAGCCAGGUCCUUAUGACCAGCCUAUGGUAAACACUUUACAACGCCGCAAGGAAAAACGAGACGCAGACCCUGCUGGGGGAGGCCAGAAUGGACCGCCUCUGCCCACAGAGGAAGCCCAAAGACCCCGGAGCAUGACUGUGUCAGCCGCCCCAAGGCAAGGAGAGGAAAUGGAGGCCUGUGAGGAGCUGGCGUUGGCUCUGACCCGGGGGCUGCAGCUGGACACCCAGAGAAGUAGCCGAGACUCCUUGCAGUGCUCCAGCGGCUACAGCACUCAAACGACCACACCCUGCUGCUCGGAGGACACUAUCCCCUCGCAAGUUUCAGACUAUGAUUAUUUCUCUGUCAGUGGCGAUCAAGAGACAGAGCAGCAAGAAUUUGACAAAUCUUCAACUAUUCCAAGAAACAGCGACAUCAGCCAGUCUUACCGUCGAAUGUUCCACGCCAAACGUCCUGCUUCAACCGCAGGCCUCCCAACCACACUUGGGCCUGUGAUAGUUACACCUGGCGUAGCGACCAUCAGACGGACCCCUUCUACCAAACCAGCUGUCAGGCGUGGGACCAUAGGGUCAGGGCCAAUCCCAAUCAAGACGCCUGUGAUUCCUGUCAAAACACCGACUGUACCAGACAUCCCAGGAGGACUGCCGAGUGUGCCGAGCAGUGCAGAAGAGAGCCCUGAACAAAGUCCAGAGGCUGGAGCAGGCAACCAAGGAGUCGCAGGGAUGUCCUCUGCUUGGAGCGGCCAGGCGUCCAUCAACCCUCCGCUCACAAGCCAGAAGCCAAGUACCAUAGAGGAGCAGAGACAAACCGCCACUGAAAGUGAAGGAGAAGAAAGCGAAAGGGAGGGUCUGAGUAUCGCUGCUCCCCCGUGCCAGCCAGCCCCUCAGUCGGAAGACCAGAGCCCCGGAGAGAUUCCGCAAGGCGAAGACAUGCUGAACGCCAUUCGGCGGGGAGUUAAGCUGAAGAAGACCACCACGAAUGACCGCUCAGCCCCCCGAAUUUCCUAGAUGCUGGACCACUGCCAGAGUUUCCAACAUAAGAGACUGAACUAUCUGAUGAAAUAGUCUCUCUGUCCAUUCCACUGUACAAUCAAGUUUUUGUAGGCUGCUCCAUAACAGCUGGAAAAAUUCUCUUUAAAAAUUUGGGGUUGGGGCGGGGAGGGGGGGGAAGGAAUUUGCAAACUAAAAAGCUCAAGGCGCAACCUCUUCCUGACUUUUAAUUUUUUUUUUUUUGUAAAUACUGCUGAUUAUUUUUCUGUGCAUUUUUUAAAAAUCUAAGUUUCCCUUUUAAUUUUUUCUGAAGGUGCCAAAUCCCCAUUUAACUUUUUUAUAUAACUCUUUGUAAAAGUUUUACAUGUGUAGAAGGAAGAAGAAUACAGUAAACGUUAAGUAGCUUAAAUAUGUCCGCUGGGGAGAAUGUGGGGGGGGGGGGGGAGAAUGUCAAUAGGAGGUUGCAACAUGUUUUCACUCUCAUGAGCUUUUUGUAGAGCACCUUGUUAUAAUAGCAAGGUUUCUUUCUUUAAUUUUAACCUACAAAGGCCUGGCCCAGAAACAGGCCCUGUCAAAAGUACAAGUGCUUGUACCUCUCAAAAGCAGGAGAAAGCAACUGAUUGAUUAAAGCAAUAUAUAAUGGAAGAGAGACAGCCUCGGAUUGGUUAGAAUGGGUGGCGGGGUUAGACAAAGGGGGAGGGGAUUUACUGUUGCACAAAAUGUAGCCUAGCAGUAGCUUCAUGGUAAGUGCGUCUGAAUAAGCCAUAUUGGAUUGCCGUGUUGUUUCUGUAGGGUGUUUAAAGACACUUGGGUGCUGGCCACUAGAAACUUCUCUGUUGGCCUCAUAGAAACCUCAAAGGGGCUGGCGUAGGAGCUCUUGCCCAAGAAAAGCAUCUGCGGAAUUGUUCCUUUGGAUUCUCUUUGUUUUGUAUUAAUUCGUUGUCUUCAGGACUGCACAAGCAACACUAAACAUGGCCCAUGUGGAUCUAAUUUUCCCCCUCCGUUUCAUCUUCCGUUUCUGUGUUUAAUAAUCCACAAUAGCAGAAACUUCAGUUAAGUGAAGGCCAGACAGAAAUGCCAGGGAGUGUUCCACUCUGUAGCUUUUUACCUUUUACUGGCUAUGCCCAGCAGGCUGGGCAGCUUUAAGUGACAAACUGAAAAAGCUCCAAAUAGUUUUGAGGAAAUUGCUAAUAGAUCAGACUGGCAACCAGCUGGGAAUUCCAGUAAAACUAGCACCACAUUACUUUCCCUCUCAAAUGGCAUUUUGGAUUGGCUUUUUAAAUUAAAUACUAAGAUUUGGGGAUGAGGGAGGGAUGGGGAACAGUUUCGCUUUUAUUUAUUAUAAGGGAAGUGGGGGGGUUGACCACUAUGUUUUUUUAAAUUCUUCUCAGCACUGUAUUUUUGAGAAGCUGUUAAUAGACAAAUUUGUAGGUGGGAUUUUCUUUUCUUAAAAUGAAAAUUAUCGCUGUGACAUAAUUCAUUUCAUGGGGUCGGCAGAAAUGUGCACAACUCAGGCACCACAGGUUGUUCUGUUUUUGUGGGUUUCUAAAAAAACAAAAAGGCCCUGCUAUCUGUAUGGAUACCUUCUGCCUUAUCUCUAUAUGGGUAAUGCAAGCAGAAUAAUAAGAUAACAGACCUGUGUAUUUGUGGUUGCAAAAAAUGCACCACCCAUAGUGGAAGGAGUUGGGUCUUGCAUCUGCGCACAAUGUGCUCCUCCACUCUCUGGAGAUUCCAGUCGGCUGCCAUCUUGCCUACGUAACCUCUUAUACUUUAAAAUACAUAACUACAUGGGAUGUGAGACGUAUCGUAAAACUGUAUAGUCACUGUGUUCUAUAUACAUUUACACUGCUGUGUUGCUUAACACUUUUUUUUAAUGUUACGGCUUCAGAAGCAAACCACCAAGCAUGAUCCUUAAACUCUCUCCUUUGCAAAACAACUUUUCUAAUUAACGGUGCCUGCAGUAGAGGCUCCUGCCAGUGGGUGAAAUGGCGGAUGCAGUCUGCAAAUGAGGCUUCAAAAUCCCCACCACUACCGCCUUCAAAGAAAAACUCGUACGAAAUAAAAGUCUCGCUGGACAAAGAAUGCGGUCCAUCGAGAUGAUUUCCUGGCAUGUUUCAUUUUGAACUGGACUGGUGUUUCACAAGGGCUCUGCUAUAUUCCUGCCUCUCCCAUUUGUUGAAGUAUAGUUUAUGCAGGAGACAUCCCCCCUCGAUUGCACCUGAAGUGUCUAGGAGAAAAAACCCCAAAGUGCAGCUUUUCCCUUUAGUUCUUUUACACAGUAGAAUUACUCUUGGUUCAAAUUUUAUUAUUAAACUGUUGCCAAAAUUCAAGGUUAGAACGUGACAAGCCACAUUGAAUAGUUCUGUUGGGUUUUUUUUCUUUUGUGUUCCUUGCCUAUUGUAAAAGCAGUGUCACCGUUAAAAAAAAAAUGUUUCUAAUGGUAAGUUAUUGUGUUUAGUUGCUAGUUUGUACUGAGAGUUGACCUCUCCCCACAUGCACCGUUUUUGUUCUGAACUGCUAUAAAUAAAAAAAAUUGCUGUUAACUGUGUUGCCCUUCUACAUUGUAAUGAUUGCUUCGGCCUAUAUUAUAAAUAAAGACCUGCUGAUAAACUUC